AUGGGUCUUGAAAAGCCAGAGCCCGCCCUCCUCUCCCAACCCUCACCCCGCCUGUCCUUCGACGACACCCACCCAGACCACCUCGACACUGCCCAACACAACCGGCCGAAAUCCGAGUUCGACCCUUGCGUCAAUGCCAAAAUCUGCUCACCAUUCUAUCUCUACAACCACGACUCACCUCGCCAAUCUGAGAACAAGUCUCGUCCAGACAUCAGCAUUGCCGUGCGAGAUCUCGAGUCCGGCAUCACGCCUGUGUCUACCAACACUCACAAAGGCUCCUCACCCGCGCUCGAAAAGAGGAACAGCAAUGACUCUGGCGUGGUCAGAAACGGAAAGUGGCAGGUACCGUGGGCAAGACGAAUGCAACAAGGGUCGACGCUGAAUCGUUGCAUGACCAAACCCAAGGUCAGUCGAUGGAAGAGCAUUCCUCAACGUCAGAGGCUCAUAAUCAAGAUCCUGCUUGCCCUCAUCAUGGUCGGCUUGAUCAUUGGACUGGCGGUUGGAUUGACCAAGGCGUUGGGUGGAGGUGUGUGGAAGAGCAACAACGCGACGAGCGGCAUUGCGUGA